GCAGCUUCGGCGGAGAGACAGCUUAUCGACGCAACCGCUUUGACGGAUACGCUGUCAGGUCCUCGUCGGCAGUCCAUGAGUCAUCUGGCGAGCCUCUUUCGAACGUCAGCGGCGGUGUAGACAGUGUGCACAGCCCCGCUCGGAUGACUCUUUCCAGACCUAUAUAAGCCUAAUCAAUCAAGCGAGGUUUAGAGAUGAAGGUUAUCGAGUUUCGAGAUGGAAGAUAAUGGUGUUAUGACCCUUGCACCCGUGCACCGUCUCCCUCCUGAGCUGAUUGCGGCUAUCGUCUCGUUCAGACCUAAAUCAUCUCCCUUGCUUCAGCUUGGGCACGUUUGCAGCACAUGGCGAUAUGCACUUCACUCGACACCUUCACUUUGGACGCACCUCGCUAUCAAGCUUCCACCUCAAAUAGACGACGACUGGAUGGACACCGUCAACAAUGCCGUUUCGCUUCUGGGGCUAUGGGUCAAGAACUCCGGUCAACUCGCCAUUUUCUUCACGCUGAUUGAGCAAGGAAUAUGUGCCCAUGACCCAAUGCGUCGGCUUAUAUAUGCACUACGGCAGCACUCGACAAAAUGGAGCGGCCUCAAGUUAGUCGUUUGCAAGUCGACGUAUGAUAGCUUUCGGAGACGUCUUUUUGGAAGUCGUCUCCAGUCCCUUAAGCGGCUUGUGGUUGACAUUAUGAACGAGGAGUCAGCAUCCUACGAAUCCUCUACUUUUACGGAUCAUCUCGUGUUCACGCCUCACCUAACCUCUCUUAUGCUGGACAAUGCCCACGCGGAUGAGGAAUACGUACCUACUUUGACUUGGGCGCAGAUGACGGAGCUUUCUCUCAACUUCAACCUCUCCGUCCUACCGUGGCGUUCAUUUGUCCACCUGUAUUACAACUCUAAUCUGAUCACGGAUGUACUCUCCCAAACGACGAACCUGGUCACGCUCAGCCUGGGCUUGAUGGAAGAUUUCGACGACAGUCUCGAAGUUGUGUCCAGCCCUCAUCAGAUUGUCCUCCCGCAUCUCACGACUCUGCGCCUCCGUCACACAUGCUUCCGCUCACGGCUCCACGACUACUUCGACCAGCUGACGCUGCCGCGGCUCGCGACGCUCGAGAUCGACUCUGUCGCGCGGUUCAAAAACGGACAGGGCGAGCUGGGUGCUGAAAGACUUUGUGCCCUGAUCGAACGCUCGGGGUGCAGCGUCCGUGACAUCAGCACCGACGGAGGCGCGCUCGUCUCACUUCUGGAGCACUGUCCGGAGCUGCGGCAGCUGGCGUUCUUCCCUCCGCGGAACAACAUCUCGAGAACGUCGUCGUUGGAGAGUCUCCUAUUGUGGCUCACUCCGAAUGGUGAUGAACAUCUGAAUAGUAUGCGGCUUCCCCAGCUGCGGAGCAUAAGCUUGGGCUCGACGUACCGCGACGCGCCGUUUGAUGAUAUCAUCGAUAUGGUCAAGGGGCGGGCCGCCGGGGGCUUGCAGAAGUUUAUGCUGAUGCUGGAGUACCUUCCGCUCGUAGAUCCGGGUCGGAAGAAGGAGGUCAAGAACCUGGAGGAGAGACUGGAGGAACUCUGCGAAUGCGGCGAAGGCUCGUUCGAAGGCAAGGUAGAUGUCGUUACUGUUUACCAGCCAGCGUACAUCUCGAUUGAAUAGACCCGCGCCUUGCGAUAGUUGUAGUAUUCAAUUGUUCAGCAGAGCGAAUAUUUGUUAAUC